CUCCCUCCAUCUUCCAAUCUAUUUAGUUCCCUUCCCAUUACAAAUCAGUUUUCCAUUCCAAACCCUAACAAAUGGCACCUUUGGACCCUCACUCCUUCACUGACUCUCACCACCCUUUAACCACCGACAUCUCCCUUUCCCUUUACUUAGACUUCCCUUCCGCCACCAUCCACGGCGUCGCUUUCUUUAUCCUCAAAUCCCCUCAUGUCGGUCAACUUUCUUUUGAUACCCGUUCCCUUUCCAUUCACCAAGUCCUUUCUCCCAUUACCCUUUCCCCUCUCCCUUUCUCUCUUUCCUCUUCACCUGACCCUAUCAAAGGAACCCAGCUUUCCAUCUCGCUACCAGGCGGCGACGUUUUGAGCUCCUUCUUCAUCGUUUUCUCUACUUCCCCUUCUUCUUCUGCUCUCCAAUGGCUAUCCCCGCCGCAAACGUUUAACAAAAAACACCCUUUUGUUUAUACCCAAUGCCAGUGUAUCCACGCGCGUUCCAUUUUCCCAUGUCAAGACACUCCCGCGGCGAGAAUCCGUUACUCUGCUUUGCUCAAUGUCCCUCGGGAGUUAUCCGCCGUUAUGUCCGCCCGCCAUGUCGAUAGGAGGUCACCGGUUUCCGGUGAAGGACAUUCGCAUUUGUUGCCUGGCGGGUUUAAUUCGCUGUGGUGUUCCGAAACGAGGGUAGUCGAGGAAUUUCAGAUGAACCAACCUAUUCCGCCGUAUUUGUUCGCGUUUGCAGUUGGGGAGCUGGGUUUUAGGGAAGUUGGACCGAGGACUAGGGUUUAUUCGGAGGCAGUGAAUAGUGUAUUGGAUGCUGCGGCUAAAGAGUUCGCCGGGACGGAGGAAAUGAUCAGGCAAGGGGAGAAAUUAUUUGGGGAUUAUGAUUGGGAAAGGUUCGAUUUGCUUGUUUUGCCACCGAGUUUCCCAUAUGGUGGAAUGGAGAAUCCAAGGAUGGUGUUUUUGACCCCAACUGUGAUUAAAGGGGAUGCCAGUGGAGCUCAGGUGGUCGCGCAUGAGCUUGCUCAUAGUUGGACCGGCAACUUGAUUACUAACAUGAACAAUGAGCAUUUUUGGUUGAAUGAGGGUUUUACAACAUAUGCAGAAAGGAGAAUUGUUGAGGCUGUUCAAGGUGAAGACAGGGCUAUAUUGAACACUGGAAUUGGUUGGAAGGGUUUAAAUGAGGAAAUGGAGAGAUUUAAAGACAAUUUAGAAUUCACCAAGCUUAAAAACAAUCAAGAAGGAGUCGAUCCUGACGCUGUUUAUUCCGAAGUUCCGUACGAGAAAGGGUUUCAGUUCCUAUGGCGCAUCGAACGUCAGAUUGGUAGACCAGCCUUUGAUGAAUUUAUCAAGAAAUAUAUUGCUACCUUCAAGUUCAAGUCAAUUGACACCCACACGUUUCUUAAAUUCCUUAAAGCUAAUGUCCCUGGAAUAGAGAAAGAGAUAGAUCUAGUGUUGUGGACUGAGGGGACCGGUAUUCCACCCGAUGCAUAUGAACCGGUAUCCAAUCUAUACACCAAAAUUGUGUCAUUGGCGAAUGAAUUUAAACUCGGGAGGAUGCCGAGGGAGGAUGAAGUUGCGGAUUGGCGAGGGCAGGAAUGGGAGCUUUACUUAGAGAACCUACCUAAAGUUAUUGAGGCUUCUCAGGUCUUAGCCUUGGAUGAACGCUACAGGCUAUCAGAAUCAAAGGAUUACGAGGUAAAAGUGGCUUUUCUUCAACUAGCAAUUAUGUCCCAGUGCAGGAAUUUCUACGGCGAGGUGGAGAAAACUUUGAAAGAAGUUGGGAGAAUGAAGUACCUUCGGCCACUUUAUAGGGCUCUCGUACAAGGUAAAGGGAAAGAGGAAGAUAAGAUUUUGGCCAAACGAGUGUUUUCGGAGGCUCGUGAGUGUUAUCACCCCAUAGCUCGAGGAGUUGUGGAGUCCAUCUUUGCCAAGCACCUCUAAAAUGGAACAUUAACACUUAAUGUAAUAAAUGGUAUAUAGGAGUCUAAACCAAAAACAAUGCCUAGAAUAGAGAUUCACUUGUGAUUUUGUUGAUAGAUGCUUCUUGCUUGUGUGAUAUGCCUUAUUGCUUUUGGGCAAUGCAUGCUGAAUUCUUACGCUUGAACUUCACUCUUAUGUUAUCUUUAACACCUGUGGAAUAUUGUUUCUGUUGGGAUUCUAUUCCCCACUACUAAUGAAGGAAUCUUGGAUUGGUUGGACCCAGAA